UGGACCUGUUUAAUGAAAAAAAAGAAUUUUAAAAAAUUGCCACGAACCCGUCCCGACUUGAAUCUUAGUCUCAUUUGUCAGUGUUCAAUUUUCUGUCUUCUUCCCCCAUAUACACAUUUAAUUUUGUUUUUUAGAAUUAAAUUUUUUUCGGCAUUUUAUUAUCACUUUAUGCCUAGUAGACAAUUUUUUACUUAUUCCUUCCAUUAUAUAAAGUUUUUAAUGUUUAGAUACCGUAUUUGCCUGAUUAAUUCCUCCGUGGAUUAAUAUUUCUACCUAUCCCUGGCAUGGGGAUCGAGUAAAUACUAUAAUUUUCUUUUAAAUUUAUUUUAGAAAAAAUGUCUUCAAAUAACAACAAAUCUUCUCCAUCUUCUACUCGUAACCGUACUCAAAGUAUGGGAAGUAAUAAUUCAUCAACAAAUUCUGAUUAUUAUUUAUUUAAUAAUGGAAAUACAAAAUCUAUAUUAAAAAAUCCAAAUUUAAAUUCAGAAAUAAUUAAAGGAAAAAAUGGAAGAAGAUUUAGACAAUAUUCUAUGGAAGAAAAUUCAAAUUCAAAUAAUAAUAGUAAUUCUGUUUUGGGGGAAGGACGUUCUGUUGUUACUUUCUUUUUAAAUUCUGAAGAAUCUCCUCCAACAAUUACCGAUAACACUGAGAAAAAGCAGCAAAAACACAAAAAUCGUCAAAGAGCCUCUCUAUCUUCCAUCCAUCCAAAUAAUUUAAUUACUUCUUCCACUAAUUUAUCUCCUCCACCUUUUCGCCGCACUUCUUUACCUGUUCAGUCAAAUCGCCAAAAUUUGAAUCUAAGCCAAGUCCAUUCGGCAAGAGGUCUUUUAAUGGAUUUAUUGGCCAGUAACAACGAAAGACGGGAUUUAUCCCCCCAAGUAACUGCUUGUCUUAGAGCUGUAACUGUUCUUUUAAAUUCUGAUGGAAAUUUAAUAAAUCAAAAAGGAGGAGGGAAUUUAAUUGAUGGAAGUGCUUCUGCUACCGCUUUGACUGAUCUAGGCAUUCCUCAUGUUGCCGAUAAUCCUUAUAAUGGGGAAACAAAUAUUGGAAUGACAUCCAAACCCCGCGUUUCAAAUAUUACAUUUUCUACAGUAACUUCAGCUACUGGUUUGCCAACUAUUGCUGCCGAACCUUCUAGGCCACGUUCUAGCAGUUAUUGGAAAGCUUUACCUUCAAAUUUAGAAGAAAAUCACCAACAUCACCAACAACAAUCCCCCCAACUCUCACCAACAAACACCACAAAUCCCUUCAUUAUUUCCCCAACCUCAACUUCCUCUUUUUGUCGUCACAAACAAUUAAUUUCUUCUUCUGAUGUCCCCAAAUUAAAAGAAAUUAAAGAAAAUAAUCAAAAACAGUCCUCCUCUUCUUCUUCCUCCUCCUUUUCUUCUUCAGAAAUUAAUCAAACAAAAGUGGCUGAAAAGCCUUUUUUAUUUAAAUCAACGUCUGCAGACAAUAAUAAUAGAGGAGGAAUUGAAAUGACUGGCCAACCAAAAGAUGUUAGCCCCUCCACAUCCGGCACUACACAAAAAUUAUCUAAUUCUAGCAGUCCAACUACAACAACAAAAAAACAACCAAAAAAGGCAUCUAAAACUUCAAACGAAUCUUUAGAUAAACUUUCAAAAGAUUCUGAAUGUCAAAAGCAACCAAUCUCUUCGAGAAAAUUAAAAGAAAAAAAUGUGCAAGAAGAAGGACAGAAAAUAUUCAAAACUUCGGACGGAACAAUUUACGAACUUAAUGAACUAGAAUCUAAAUGUUCAGUAUUAGGUCAACAAUUACAAGAAUGGAGUUUUCCUAUUUUUAAUUUUGCUGAUAAAUAUAAAAAUACUGUUCUCUCUAGGUUAACCUUUGCAAUAUUUAAAGAAGCUGAUUUAUUUAAAACAUUCAAGAUCUCUUAUUCUAAAUUCUUCAAUUUUUUCCAUGCUUUAGAAUCUGGUUAUUGGGAUAUUCCCUAUCACAACCAAAUUCACGCUGCUGAUGUUUUACAUGGCUGUUUUUAUUUAACCUGCCAUUCAGUACAUGCAUUUUAUGAUUAUCACCAAUCUUUAGAAGAGGUCGACGAUGAAGGAGAGGAAAUUGAAGAAUUAUCUAAAUAUUCGAAUAAUUGGGAGGAAAUGUCUAAAAGACAUCAACAACAACAACAAUUAUUUAAUAAUAACAAUUCUGUUGAAUCAACAGCUAUUCCUUUGUCACAAAGCAUGAGUGCCUUGGAAUUAAUGGCCCUUUACUCAGCUGCAGCAAUGCACGAUUAUGACCAUCCAGGUAGAACUAAUGCUUUCCUAGUUGCUUCAGAAGAUAAAAAAGCAAUUCUCUACAAUGAUCGGUCUGUACUAGAAAAUCAUCAUGCUGCUGAGUCAUGGAAACUUUUGACUUCUCAAUCGAGUUAUAAUUUUAUUGAAAAUUUAGAUUCUGCUGAAACAAAACGUUUUCGUUAUUUAGUAUUAGAAUAUAUUCUUGCAACAGAUUUAAAACAACAUUUUGAUAUUAUUGUUCAAUUUAAUGAAAGAGCACCUUCUAUGGAUUUGUCUAAUGAAUCUGAUAGAAUGUUAAUUUCUUUAAUGAUUAUUAAAUUUGCUGAUAUUAAUUCCCCGGCAAAACCUUUUUCUUUACAUAAACAAUGGACUGAGAGAAUUUGUCAAGAAUUUUAUGAGCAGGGAGACGAAGAAAGGCUUAGAAAUAUGGCAAUAAGUCCAUAUAUGGAUAGAAGCGAACCGGCAGUUGCCAAACUUCAAGAUUCAUUCAUUGCCCAUAUUGUCAAUCCUUUAGCUAUUGCUUUAAAUGAAGCUAAUUUAUUGCCUAUACUUCCUGGGCUUCCAGAAUCUGAAUUAAUAAUCAAUCUGACGCAUAAUCAUCAAAAAUGGCUUAAUCAGAUUGAAUUUGAUCAGAAAUUUUGUAGGGAAGGUGAAGACGGAGAAGGAAAUACUUUGGAAAAGAACAAAACAAAUAUUUCUAGGUAG